AUGGCACGCGAAGGCACCAGGUCGCAGACCGGCAGUGCGACACCGCGUGUCUUUCACGCCAUCGACACGGCGCCCAGCAUCGUGCGCAAAAGGGCCGCCAAAGCAGCCACGGCGAAGCCCACCGGCGUCACCAAGAAGAAGGCCCUCAAGAAGGAGCCCGGCCCUGUCGCCAAUAAGGUCAAAACAGCCGCCAAAAAGGUGGUGGACAAAGCUGCCAAGGUUGAAAAGGGAUCGCUGCUCGCCCAAACGGCCAUCGCGUCUCCACCACCACGCACCACCACGCACGCUUCAGCGACAGGCGCUCAAAGACAUGGCGAACAAAAAGACUUUGAGGUCUACAGCUGUCACGUCUCUUCCGAUGGCAAGCGGCUGGCAACAGCCGGUGGAGACGGCCACGUUCGGGUGUGGUCGACCGAGUCCAUCUACCGAUCCGACGACCCGACGUACACGAAGCCGCGACAGCUCUGCCACAUGAGCCACCAUCUGGGCACGAUUCACGCGGUGCGGUUUUCGCCCAGCGGCCGCUACCUCGCGUCAGGCGCCGACGACAAGAUCAUCUGCAUCUACCAGCUGGACCCGAGUCCGCCGUCGCACGCGGCGUCGUUUGGCACGUCCGAGCCGCCACCGGUCGAGAACUGGAAGACGCACCGCCGGCUGGUCGGCCACGAGAACGACGUGCAGGAUCUCGCCUGGUCCUACGACUCGUCCAUUCUCGUCUCGGUCGGCCUGGACUCCAAGGUCGUCGUCUGGUCGGCACACACGUUUGAGAAGCUCAAGACGCUGUCAGUGCACCAGAGCCACGUCAAGGGCGUCACCUUUGACCCGGCCAACAAGUUCUUUGCUACGGCCAGCGACGACCGCACCAUCAAGAUCUUCAAGUUCACCCCGCCGCCACCCCACGCCACCCAGCAUGACCUGCUCAACAACUUUGUGCUUGAGACCACCAUCAGCGCACCCUUCAAGAGCUCGCCGCUGACCACGUACUUCCGCCGCUGCUCCUGGUCGCCCGACGGGAACCACAUCGCCGCUCCCAACGCCGUCAACGGUCCUGUCAGCUCUGUCGCUAUUAUCGAGCGCACCCGCUGGGAUAGCGAGAUCAACCUGAUCGGCCACGAGGGUCCCACCGAGGUCUGUAUGUUCUCACCGCGUCUCUUCUACACCAAGAAGCCGCCAUCGGCCAACGAGGCCAACGGGACGCACGACCGCGAGGCCGAGAGCCUGGUCACCGUCAUCGCCUCGGCUGGCCAGGACAAGACGCUGAGUAUCUGGAACACCAACACGUCACGGCCCGUUGUCAUCCUGCAGGAUCUCGCGGCCAAGUCCAUCUCGGACCUCGCCUGGGCACCCGACGGCCAGACCGUGUUUGCGUCCAGCCUCGACGGCAGCGUGGUCGUCGUCAAGUUCGAGGAGGGCGAGCUAGGCUGGGUCGCCCAGGUGGAAGAAAUUGACAAGGCGCUGCAGAAGUUUGGCGCCUCGCGUCGGGGCGUCGGCAUCGCUGAAGAUGUCGAGGGUCUGAACCUCGAGAAGCACAGCAAGGCAGGCGAGCUGCGCGGUGCCGAGUCGCGGAUGGGCGCCCUCAUGGGUGACGGACAGCUAGCCAAGGCCAAAGACAAGGACAAGGACAAGGAUCGGGAAAAGGAUGGCAGUGGAACCAGCACGCCACAGAACGGCAGUACGGCAGCGAACGGGAGCACGAAGACGGCGAGCAGCAAGGCAGGUGAGACAAACGGUAGCACGGGCAGCUCGGAACACGCAAAUGCGAACGACAGCACCGACAAGAAGGAGGAGAAAGAGGCAGCAGCACAGCGAGCAGAACGGAUCCAGACACUCAAGUCACGUGUAACCAUUACUAAGGACGGUAAGAAGCGGGUUGCACCACUGCUGGUGUCGUCGUCCGGGACGGGACAGUCAUUGCUGCCACAGUCACAGUUUGUCGGGACGAGCAGCUCGAGCAGGACGGCACAGAACGAGGCGCCGCAGACGAUCCUGGACCUGUCGCGGCCAGUAGACAGACUGCCGAAUGGCGGGAUCGCCUCGAUGCUGCUGGGAACGAAGCGGAAGGUGGUCGCACUGGAGGGCGAAGAAGACGGGACGGCCAAGCGGUCUUCGUCAACAAGCGGCGGUGGGGUCGGUGGAGCGCUCGCAGGCACUGGAACGGCCAUCCUGGUCAACGGAGUCGAUGGGGCUGAACCGGCAACGCUGCAGCCAGCAGUCCGAGGAGCAGUGGCGACGCCCGAGUUCCUGCGGCCAGCGGUAAUCAACCCGUCGAUAGCGAUCUCGCAGGUGCGGCUCGCAGUGCCCAAAGUGCGCACACACAUUCUGCGGGCGCUGGAACGAGGCGUGUUGCAGGCACAGGGCAACAGCGCUGCUGAGGGCAAUUUGGUGCUCGAAGCCCGCAACCCGGAGACGCGUGCCGUGCGGGAGCCGGCUCACGUGACGGUGACUAAGCGAGGCAACGUGGUGUGGCAGGACUUUCUGCCGCGAGCAGUGCUGCUGGUGACAGGAAGCCGGUACUUUUGGGCUGCAGCAUGCGAAGACGGCACCGUGUGCAUCUGGACGCCGGCCGGACGGCGGCUGGUGAGCGCGAUGGUGGUAGAGGCGCAGCCGGUGAUCUUUGAGAGUCGAGAGCACUGGCUGCUGUGCAUCACAGCCGUCGGUCUGGUGCACGUAUGGAAUGUGCAGACGAUGGCGUCACCACAUCCACCAGUGUCGCUGGCGCCAAUCCUGGAAAUUGCCAUCCACUCGCUGCACGCAAACGCACAGACGGCAACGGCCGGGCCAGGCGUCACGUCGGCACACCUCAACACAAACGGCCAGGUGGUGGUAACGCUGAGCAACGGCGAUGGCUACUGCUAUGCGACGAAUCUGCACAGCUGGCAGCGUCUGUCAGAGUCGUGGUGGGCUGUUGGAAGCCAGUACUGGAACAGCAACGACAGCGCCGUGAGCGCCCUGCAGACGACGGCCGUCGGACCAACGGCCGAUGUUCCGGGCCUGGGCUUAGCUGCUUCAGCGUCCGCUUCGGCCUCCAAUCCGGCUUCCGACCCGGCAGAUACCACCAUUACCGAGGCCACCGUCUCGGCCGGCAUCAUCCCAUUCCUCGAGCGGCACACCACCGGCGAGUUCCUGCUCAAGGGCCGUGCCUACACGCUGCAGCGCAUGGUCAAGGCCCUCCUCGUCCGCGACGGCUUUGAGGACUUUGAGGCUAGUGUCAGCAUCGCCCACCUGGAGAACCGUAUCGCCGCCGCCCUGCAGCUGCACGCCCGCGACGAGUUUCGCCUGUACCUGUUCAUGUACGCCAAGCGUCUGGGUGCCGAAGGCCUGCGCGGCAAGGAAGCCGUGCCCGGGUCUGCCGCUGCCGUCGCCGUCGCCAGCGAGAGUGACAGCUGGGGCUGGUUCAGCCGGACCGGUGACAUCUGCGGCUGGGACCGUCGGGAGCUGCUCAAGGGUGUCGUCAUGAUUUUGGGCAAAUUCCGCGAACUGCAGCGUCUUACAGUGCAGUAUGCGCGCGUGCUCGAGCUGACGCGCGAGGAUGAGGACGGCGACGAGAGCGAAGCUGGCGACUGCAUGAUGGUGGAGACAUGA